GCGGAAUGAGAGGCAGGGACUUGCUGCACGCUGUUCGUCGUGUACUGCUUGGCAGCAGCAGCAGCAGUAGCCGUCAUGCUGGGAGUGCUGGCAGUGGCUUGACGGUUGAGGAGGUCAGUGUCGCUGCUCGUGAGAUUGUCUACCAUGUGCUUGGAACGCGUGCAUCCAGCUCCUGCGAGAUGGAAGUCACGCCAGAGCAGCAGGAGCGCGCACACUCGCUAGCCCAUCGCCGUGCAUGCAGGGAGCCGCUGCAGUAUGUGUUGGGCGAGUGGGACUUUCGGGACCAAACUUUGACCAUGCGUUCGCCUGUUCUCAUCCCACGACCAGAGACGGAGGUACUCGUUGACUUGAUUCAGCGUAAGCUAAGGCAACAGCACGGUCUACACUUUCUCGAGAUUGGCGUGGGAUCUGGUGCAAUCAGUUUGUCCCUGCUGCAUGAGAACCCGUCUUGGACUGCAACUGGCAUUGACUUGGAUGACGCCGCGAUUCAGCUCACGCAGCACAACGCCAGCAGAUGUGGCGUGGCAGACCGCCUGACGCUGCACAAACAGGACAUCACCACCGCCACGCCAUCAUCGCCGUGCUUCUCAUCGGGGCCCUUCGACUUUGUUGUCUCAAACCCACCCUACAUCCGCCGUGAUGAAAUGCCAAAACUAGCUCCCGAACUGCGAUACGAGAAUGAUAUGGCCCUGUGCGGCGGAGAAGACGGGUUGGAUGUUACGCGCGCCAUUCUUGAUAUUGCACCGCACAUCAUCAGCCGCACUGGUGGUGCAAGGCAGUUGUGGUUGGAGCUGUCGCCUCCGCAGUGUUCUGCCGUGGCAAGGCUUGUACCACCUGGUUGUGUGUUGCAUGUGCACUUGGAUCAGUAUGGGCAUGAGCGGUUUGUGCAAGUCAACUUAUGGGAUGGCUGAUGAGGAGCGAGGAGGAGUGGGAUCCGGUGGGGAGGUGCGGGCGGGGCCGAGUGAACACGACAUGAUGUCGUGCAUCUGAC